GUAUUUAUUUUGUAGUAACACUUCACUUAAAUGAAGACCACUAUAUCGGGUGUAAAAAAUGAGCCAUCUUUUUUACAUUAGACUAAUAUUAGUGUUAGCCGUAGUGAGUAUAGUAGUGGGUGAUUUCUACAGUAGUCGGUAUGACAACUUUGACAUUACCCCUCUUUUGGAGAACGACAGGAUCCUCCUCGGAUACACUAAGUGCUUCCUGGACCAAGGCCCGUGCACCCCCGAUGCUAAGGAUUUCAAAAAGGUAAUACCUGAAGCCUUGCAAACCGUGUGUGGAAAAUGUACACCGAAACAGGGAAAUCUGAUCAAAGUUGUCGUAAGAACUUUAAGAGAGAGACACCCUGAGAGUUGGGAGCUAUUGUUGGAUCGAUACGACAGUGAAAAGAAGUUUCGCGAGGAAUUCGAUAAAUUCCUGCUACAAGAUGACUAGGUGGGAGCUGGCUGCGAGCUCUGAGGCAGGCGCUGCAGCAGCAGAGCUGCCAUGAUACAAUUGGAAACCCAUAUUGUAUGGACUUCAAAACAAUAUACCGUGCAGUGAACACGUUAGCAGGCUUCAAGUGGUUGUAAUCUUUAUGGUAGGUUACUGAUUGAUUUCUCGAUAGUUCGCAUGCAUCCUGGUUUAAAAAUACAACCUACCCGCUAUUUGAAGGCGCAGCACCUUUUUGUUACAACUAGAUAAUUUAUAUGUUGUGAUAAAUAUGUUAUGUUGUGAAAAGUUCAAGUCAAUCAAACUAUAGUUUAUAGUAAUAAAAUUUUAUUUAGUA